UGUAAGUUUAUUCGAUUUGUAUAACUUGUCACAGAUCUAACGUGGCUCGUGAAAAAGUCACGUUGACGGUAAUGUCGCUCUUCUCUAGCGCGCUACGAGAACCAUCGAUAAACAGUUUCACAUCUCUAUCUGAUCCACCGGAAUAAGAUGCCUUGCUGGUACUAUGACAAGAAGGAGCUCCGUGAAACACCUUCAAUCCUGGAUGGAGUCACAUUUGAGACUGAGCGGCGCUACCGGAAGGAGGGAGCGCGAUUCAUUAUGGAAUGCGGCACGAAAAUGGGAUUGGGUCACAACACGAUGGCCACCGGCGUCGUGUAUUUUCAUCGCUUCUACAUGUUCCACUCAUUCAAAAGUUUUCCACGCUACGUGACCGCCUGCUGUUGUCUCUUUCUGGCCGGCAAGGUGGAGGAGACGCCAAAGAAGUGUCGAGACAUUAUCAAAACAGCGCGCGGUAUCCUCAACGAUAACUAUUUCGUCUCUUUCGGGGAGGAUCCCAAGGAGGAGGUGAUGACGCUGGAGCGUAUAUUGCUGCAGACCAUCAAGUUUGACCUGCAAGUAGAGCACCCGUACACAUUUCUCCUGAAAUACGCUAAGUGUUUUAAGGGAGACCAGCAGAAGCUGCAAAAAAUGGUACAAAUGGCGUGGAACUUCGUCAACGAUUCGCUCAGCACGGUGGUGUGCCUGCAGUGGGAGCCUGAGAUCAUAGCCGUGGCGCUCAUUCAUCUGGCCAGUAAGCUGAGUAAGUUCACAGUACUGGAUUGGCUGGGUAGACAGCCAAGCCAUCAACGCUGGUGGGACAUGUUCGUUUCGGACGUGACCAUGGAAAUACUGGAAGACAUCUGCCAUCAGGUACUAGACUUAUAUCAGUCGACGCAAAAGGAAGGCCAGGAACCUAACAGUCCGCCACAGAAGCCGCCCAGCCGAGCGGACAGUCCCACAAACAACAAAGUGUUGUCGCUGCUGCUGCCAUUGCCGCAGAACAGCAGCAUCGUCGACUCCACGACUCUGGGCAAAACCAAAGCAGCACCGCCGCCUCCGCCACCACUCCCAGCGUGUCCGCCCAGUGACAAUGGCGGCCUGAAUCCAAACAACGCCGCAGCCGAGCUGAACAACAUACAGAGCAUUAAAUCUUUAGCCAGUGCAGUGCCCGUCGAAACGCUGCCUCCUGUUACCCUCAAUACCAAUGCAAACUAUCACAUGUACCACGCACCUCCGCCGCCUCCGCCUCCAGCGCCUAUAGCACCGCCGUAUCCGCCUCCACACUACACUGCGGUGCCGCCCAACAUGGGUUACUACAAUGCCGGACGCCCGCAGCAGCCACAGCCACGAUACCAAUAGACAGUAAGAAGAUCAGAUCAGGCCUAGGAAUAUUAUGCAAAUUGUCAUGUCUAUAUUAUUGUUAGGAUCAAAUUCAACACUCACAUUUAUAUUAAUAAAGCGUAAUUUUAUUAAAACAA